AUGCCCACGGCCUUGGAUCAAGUCGAGCUUUCCACCGACCAGGGGAAUUUGUCACUUGUUCAAGAAGAAAAUUAUGUUAUGUUGGCCUAUUGGGUUCUGAGGAGGGAUAUUCCAUGGGAAACUUAUAUGACCACUAAGCUGAUCACUGGAACUGGGCUUCAGUUGUUGAGGCGCUAUGAUAAGAAACUUGAUAAUUACAAGGCUCAGUUGCUCGAUGAUGAUGGUCCAGCUUACAUCCGUGAUUUUGUUAGCAUAUUGCGUGACAUAUUCAAGGAAGAAACUGUAGAGUAUGUUUUAGCUCUGAUCGAUGAACUGCUUUCAGCGAAUCCUAAAAGAGCAAGGCUAUUUCAUGAUAAGUCUCUCUCCAGCGAGGAUGCAUAUGAGCCUUUUCUAAGGCAAUGA